AUGCGUCUGAUCAACACAAAUACGUUCAAACUGGAGGAGUUCUCAGAGGGUAGCAUUCCUCCCUAUGCUAUCCUGUCACACACUUGGGGAAAAGAUUCAGAAGAGCUCUCUUUCCGUGAAAUGGAAAAUGGAAAAAUCGGCACACUUGACCCAGGGAUUACUAAAUUACAAGGGUGUUGCCAACAAGCCGUGAAAGACGGUUUGGGGUAUGCUUGGAUUGACACCUGCUGCAUCGAUAAAACCAACCUAGUGGAGCUCAGCGAAGCUAUAAACUCCAUGUUUCGAUGGUACAAUCGCGCGUCUGUCUGCUAUGCCUACUUGUCCGACGUUCCUGGUGGUGAUGAUCCCUCGAAGCUUGGAUCCAAAUUCCGGACAAGCCGAUGGUUUCAGAGAGGGUGGACAUUACAAGAGCUUCUUGCCCCAAAACACUUGCAGUUCUAUAAUUCGGAAUGGAAGUGUAUAGGCACCAAGGGUACUAUCAGCAACCUCAUUAAAAACAUCACGCUUGUGCCACGGCCAUUUCUAUUGGGUAUUGCAGAAUUACAUGCUGCAAGCGUUGCACAGCGAAUGUCAUGGGCCGCGCAAAGACAAACCAAGAGACCUGAAGAUCGCGCAUAUUGUUUGCUAGGCAUUUUUGGUAUAGCAAUGCCGUUGAUAUACGGAGAGGGUGGCGAACAGGCCUUCUUUCGGCUGCAGGAGCAGAUUAUGAAGACGACUAGGGAUGAUUCUAUCCUCGCAUGG